GGCAUCAGUAUAAGUUUGUAUGCAUGUGCGAGUGAUUUUAGUUUGUAUAUUUUACUAAGAACUUAAGGUAUUUUUAAUAUAAUUGCAAGUGACUGAUCUGUCAAAUAGAAAAACCUGUGUUAGUGUGUUCAAGCCUUCAUUCCCUAUAUAGUACGAACAUAUUAUUUUUCUAUAUUUAAGAUACCUAGAGAAAAGAAAUGAAGUGGAUUAGUUUAAUCUUGGCAGCAUUCGUUGCCGCAGUAACUGCAGAUACAGCUUUGGAAGAGUUUGCAGCUGGCAAUCGUUUGUUCACAGCCAGACUGUACAGCGAAGUACUGAAGAAUAACCAUGAUGCGAACUUUGUAUUCAGUCCGCUGUCUAUAGAAAUAAUUUUGGCACUGACUCAAGCCGGGGCCAAGGGUAAAACAGCAGAAGAAUUUACCACUGCUUUGAACCUUCCCAGUACGCAACAGAAGACACAAGAAGCAUUAAAACAAUUUUUACCAACUCUGAAAUCCAACACGAACGAUUUGAAGUUAAGUUCUGCCAAUAAACUGUUCUUGGGAGAAGCUUUCGAGAUUCUGGAAAGUUUCAAACAACUGGCAACAUCGGUGUUUGAAGCUGGAGCGGAGAACAUAGAUUUUUCAAAGAAUCAGGCUGCUGCAGAAUCGAUCAAUAAAUGGGUAGAAUCUCAAACGAAUAACAAAAUCCAGAAUUUGAUUAAUCCAGACUCUUUAUCCGCUGCUACAAGACUAGUUUUAGUGAACGCAUUGUAUUUUAAAGGUAAAUGGUCAACUCCUUUCGAAGACUACCUGACCAGAAAAGAAAAAUUCUUCGUCACUAAGACUAACUCCAAAGAAGUUGAUAUGAUGCACGUUGAAGACACUUUCAGAUACUACGAAUGUACAAAACGCAAUGCCAAGUUCCUUGAACUGCCCUAUGCCGGCGAAAAUGUUACCAUGACCAUAGUCUUGCCCAACGAAGUUGAAGGUCUGACAGCUCUGGAAAGCAACAUCGAAUCACUGUUGACACCUCCACCGUACAACUACGAACGCGUUGCAGUCAGCCUGCCAAAAUGGUUGGUCGAAACCAAAUUGGAGCUCAAUCAAAUUUUAGAAAACUUGGGCUUGAAGACAGCCUUCACUGGCGAUGCCGACUUUAGCAACCUUUCCAAAGAAGCCUUACAGAUCAGCCAGGUUGUCCAAAAGGCAUUUAUCAAUGUAACUGAGUCUGGAACAGAAGCCGCAGCUGCCACAGCCGUGGGCUUAGUUUUUCUGUCCGCUCCUGUGAUCCCACCGCACCCGAAAAUAUUUAAGGCAGAUCACCCGUACUUGUACGCAAUUAAGCAAAAUGGCGUUGUUUUGUUUGUGGGACGAGUAUAUAAAUAGAAUGGACAAUAAUCGCAAUCACAAGAAGAAAAUCAGCAUAUUUUGGACCACCCGCCAUCUUUAGCGCAAAUCAUCCAUUUU